GGCAACUUCUAGCCUUUUGGCCUCCCCACCUCCAAUAUUUAUCACGAAUAAUCCUCCACAUCCAUAACGUCGAUUGCCUGUCUAUCGACCUCACAACUUCAGAAGAAAGCUAAAUAGAAGCCUGCAAUCAUCUAAUCCUGCACAAUGUGUGGUACCGAGAAUGGAUCAGUCGGGGCUGCCCCGCACCCAGCCCAGAAUGCCAAUAACCCAGCAACAUCGGUCUACAGCCAGGUCCAGGACUUCCUGAGCAACACCAACAGAUACAAGAUCAUUGAGUCUACUCUUCGUGAGGGAGAGCAAUUCAGCAAUGCGUUCUUCACAAGAGAGAACAAGGUCAAGAUUGCGACCAUGCUCAGCGACUUCGGUGUUGACUACAUUGAGCUCACAAGCCCAGUCAGCUCACAAGCCUCAUAUGAUGACUGCAAGCACAUUUGCUCGCUUGGCCUUAAGGCCAAGAUCCUAACACAUGUGCGAUGUAACAUGGAUGAUGCCAAGCGCGCGGUGGAAUGCGGAGUGGACGGUGUUGAUUUAGUCAUCGGUACCUCGUCCUUUUUGCGUGAGUAUUCACAUGGUAAGAGUAUGGAAAUGAUCCAGAAGACAGCCAUUGAGGUUAUCGAAUAUGUCAAGUCGCAAGGAGUUGAAGUCCGUUUCUCGUCCGAAGAUUCUUUCCGAUCCGAUCUCGUCGACAUCCUUGCCCUCUAUAAGGCUGUUGACAAGGCUGGUGUGAACCGCGUUGGCAUUGCUGAUACUGUGGGAGGCGCUACCCCACGAAUGGUCUACGAUCUCGCGUGGUCGGAUGUGACAUCGGCAUGUCACCCUCUCUCAUACACACGCUGCUCCACUAACACAUCUAUAGAGACACAUUUCCACGACGAUACUGGCUGCGCAGUUGCGAACGCUGUCACCGCCCUUGAAGGAGGAGCUACGCACGUUGAUACAUCAGUUCUUGGUAUCGGUGAACGAAACGGAAUCACUCCAUUGGGUGCAUUGAUGGCUCGCAUGGUCGUGACUGCACCAGAGUACACCAAGACACACUACAAGCUUCCCAAGCUCAAGGAGAUUGAGGAGUAUGUUGCAAGUGUCGUUCAAGUCAACAUCCCUUUCAACAAUCCCAUCACUGGCUUCUGUGCUUUCACGCACAAGGCCGGUAUUCACGCCAAGGCUAUUCUGGCGAACCCCUCUACUUACGAGAUUAUUGACCCUGCGCUGUUUGGAUUGACUCGUUAUGUCAACAUUACCUCAAGAAUCACCGGAUGGAACGCCGUCAAGGGCAGAAUUUCUCAAUUGGGUCUGGAUGGACCUGGCGGCUUUGAAACUGAUGACCAAAUCAAGGAAGUUACCGCCAAGAUCAAGCAAAUGGCCGAUAGUGAGCAACCAUCCCCUGUUCAAGGUCUUUCUUUCGUUCGCCCACUUGCCAUCGACGACGCAGACUCGAUCAUCCACGCAUACCACCUCGGCCUUCAGGGUCAGAGUGAGCAGCAGAACGCUAGUGAGCAGAAGGAGGCUUGA